AAAAAAAAAUUAAAAUUUUCUCAAUAGUGCUAAUUAGUGCCUACUUUGAAGUAUUAUGCUUCCAUCAUAUAAAUUAAACGGUAUAUUCUAUUUGCAGUUGUUAAAGUUUGUGGUGUGUGUUAAAACCAGUGUUUACAAUUUACUAUUAAACUACUCGACGGGUGUAGCAGUGUAAGUUGUAAAUUUCCAUAAUGAGUAUGAAGGUAAUGCAGAAUUAUCAAUAUAUUAUGCAAGUUCCUAAUGGUAGCGAUCAGAAUUUUAAAAAUUUUGCUUUCAAUAGUUUGCAUUAUGAAAACUGCAUAUGCAAAAGACUUGAAGGUGCUGAGCUUUAUAAUAAAAGACUUGAAGCUGAUAAUUCUGAUUUGUGUAAUAAACGAUUGGAAAAUAUCGAACUUUAUAACAAAAGGCACGACAUUUCUGACGCUUACCAUAAAAGGAGUGAUAAUUCACAUCUCAAAAAAAUUGAAACGACGGAAGAAUUUCAUAAAAAACCUGAAAAUGAUGUUUUUAAUAAACGACAAGAAAAUACUGAAAUAUAUAACAAAAGACUGGAAAAUGUGGACAUGUUUAGAAAGAGAGUAGAAAACCCUGAGGUUUUCAACAAGCGAACUAAUAAUGGGGAAGUAUUCAGCAAAAGACUUGAUAAUUCUGAAGUUUUCAACAAGCAAGUUCAAACAUCUAGUCCUUAUGCCAAAGAAUUUCAUAAUGUUUUGGCAAAGAAACAGUUUUUGCUAAAUGCUAACAAUAAUCUGGCUCCCAAAAUGAAUUUGUGUGACAUCUGUAAAAAAAGUUUUUCUACAAAAGGAAAUUUACAAAAUCAUCAUGUUGUUCACAGCGGACAAAAACCUCAUGAAUGUUCGAUUUGCAAAAGAACAUUUUCUCAGCGAAGUACUUUAGGUAAGCAUUAUCUAAUACACACUGGAGAAAAGCCACACAUUUGUAGUGUCUGUCAAAGGGGUUUUCGGCAAGCAAACAAUCUUCGGAUCCAUUUCCUAACUCAUUCCGGUGAAAAACCUCAUUUAUGUAAUGUAUGUGACAGAGGUUUUACUCAAAAAAUUGCUCUGCAGAAACACAUGCUAACACAUACCGGUGUAAAACCUCACGAGUGCGGUGUUUGUAAGCGGCGGUUUACCACAAAAGGUAAUCUCCAGAAGCACUAUCUCACACACACAGGGGAGAAGCCUCAUGUUUGCGGCAUCUGUAGUCGUGGAUUUUCGCAGAAAAUUGCUUUGAAAAAGCAUCAUUUGACCCACACCGGUGAAAAGCCUCAUGUUUGUAGUGUCUGUAGCAAAGGCUUUACAACUAAAGGUAACUUAAAAUCUCAUUUUAAGCGCCAUGCUCGGGAGAAAUCUGGACUUGCUUCCUCAAUUGCCCAGUCAAUUAUAGUACCUGCAUCAAUAGCUCAAUCCCUACUUGUGCCAACAUCCAUUGCGCAGUCAAUUCUGGCAUCUACACCAAUUCAGCCUCUACGUGUUCCUACUUCCGCCACUCAAUCCCAAGGCAUCUCGACUUCUGUCGCUCAAUCGCAGAGUGUAGCAACAUCUCAAGCUCAUGCUGCUCCUAUGACAUUGAAGCAGACACAUAGAGUUACAUCCUCUGAUAUAAAGCCUCAUCCCUUAGCAACAUCCCUCAUCCAAUCACAUUUACCUCCCACAUCCCAACCUGUUGUUGUGCCAUCAUCCCAUGUCCAAGGUCUUGUACCACCUCCUAAUGCUCAUAACUUAGCCAUGUCAUCCACACAUGCUGAAUCCCAUGUACCAACAUCUCAUUCACAAGUUAUGAGAGUGUCAUCUCCACACGUCAAUUCUCUAUCCAUGAGACAAUCUCAUACACAAGCUGUGCUUGUACCUUCUUCCAGCAUGCAGACUUCUGUUCAGUCACACGUUGUUCCUUCACACACUCAGCCAUUGAGGAUAUCAACACCACAUUCUCAGGUUCAUAUUUGCCAGGCAACAACAGUUCAUACUCAAAGUGGUUGUAAUCCUCAGCCUCAGCAAGGACAAAAUUUACCAGCAGAUCAUGCUACAGUGCAUAAUAAUACCCAAGUAACACUAACUCAGGCACAUAACCAAGAAACGCAUGCUCAUACACAAACUACACAUGUAACCCAUACACAGACCCAUAACAUACCAGCUACUCAUGCUCAAGCUCUCAAUGUGACAACCACUCACAUGCAAGCACAAAAUGUACCUACCACCCUUGUACAAACACACAAUAUGUCAACUUCUAUUGCACACACACAUGUGCAUUCACAUACACAUAAUGUACCAACAACACUUGCCCAAGCUCAAAAUGUUUCUCAUGCCCAAGCUCACAUGCAAACGUCACUAUCCCAGACUGCUGUGCUGUCUGAUAAUGGUUGUAAAGAGCAACAUAUUUUAACAUUAUGA